CCUAUCACAGUUCCACGCUGGAAUUCACUGAGCUCCUGAGAGCGACCCAUUCUUUCACAAAUGUUUGUAAAAACAGUCUGCAUGCCUAGGUGCUUGAUUUUAUACACCUGUGGCCAUGGAAGUGAUUAGAACACCUGAUUCUGAUUAUUUGGAUGGGUGAGCAAAUACUUUUGGCAAUAUAGUGUAUCUUCAUCAGCUUAGGUCUCUCCACAUUUUUAUUUUUGUGGUUUUCUGUCACUGUUACAUGUCACUUCAGGGCCAGUCACUAACAAGGCCAGAACAUUGCUUUGAGUUACACCAGAACUGGCUUAGUUUGGGGACUUUGCUCCUCGCUUUGUUGUUGCCUUAAGGUUCAGUUGAACCUUUGACCAACAUUUGUUGAUCUCUGAGAGUUAAUUCUGGGUUUUUUUCUGAAUGAUGCAUCACUAUGUGUGGUCCCCCAAUUGUUAUAUUUACAUACAAUCUUUGUACAGAUGCCUGUGGUACCUUCAGCUGUCAAGAAUUUGCUCCUUUAAGGUGGAACUGUAAAUAAUUUCUAACUGAGAAAGAAAGGCUAUGAAGGCUAAAAGAGCAUUUGAUCCCACUGUAGGCACCUUCACAGUCAUGUGUGCACUCCCAAUUAACUCUGAAUUAUGGCAAUUGACCGAAACAGAUCCUUCUAAAUGUCAUUACAUCAAUUUCUGAGUUUAAAGAGAUGUUGGUGUAUGUAAACUUUUGACUUAUCUUUUUCGUGUAGUGAAUUAGAGCUAAAAUAAAUCUGUUACAUUCUUUGUUUGAAAAUGACCUCUGACGUUAACUCAGGUGAAAAAGCUGAGAUUGAAUAUCUUUUGUCUAAGCAUAUAUAACUUUUACCCUUAGCUUUAUAUAUUUUUUGGGCCGUACGGUGGUAUAGUGGUAAGCAUUACUAUGCAGUAUGAGUUGUACACCUUUUCCUCUUAUCUCUGUGGUUUCAUUUGGGUUCUCCAGUUUCCUCCCACAUCCGGUUGCUUUCUACUCUAUAGGAAUGAGGCCUAGGAGUGCAAAUAUGUGAGUGCAUGGUGCCCUGUGAGUCUCACCUCAUGUGUCAUCUCACCCAGUAUUCCCAGAACUGGCUUCAGAUCCUUUUAUAUAUCAUUUUAAAGCAUUUAGCAGACAGAAGUGCUUUUGUAGUAUAAAAUCAUUUCCCACCCCAUUACUAUGACCAGAAUGAAUCAAGUACUCUUUUUAAUCAUUCUUACAAUAAUGAUAGUAAUAACCCUAGAAACCCCAGACAUGAACAUAGUGAUUUUUCUGUGGAUAAACAUUACAUCAGCAUGUUUACCAAAUAACGACAUGAUCAAGUAAUUAGAGUUGUGGGGUUUUCUCCCUGUGGCAUAAUCAGACCCAAAACCUAUUUGUACUUUUCUUUCUUUUUUGGUUCAGUUUAAUUACCAAAGGAAGCAGGGAGGGAAUUAGGUCUCUUAUGACCAAGAGGCCAUGGCUACAUUUAUACAUCAAUAGCUUUCCCAAAUAACAUGUAAUAAAAUAUUACUAAAGAAUGUGUUUAAUAAUUCAGAAUCUGCUUGUUUUUCACAACACAUAAUUAGCCACAUGGGAUUUAAGAACAAUGUUGAGUAACAAACAAGUGCUGCAUGCUCUGUCUGAAAUUUAUUCUGUCUAAUGAUGUAUAUUUAUUGAAUAUUAACUGGAUUAUGUGGGUACAUCCAUCACCAGGGUCAAUGCACUGCAACAAAAUGAACUUGCUAUGCACAACAGUGACAUAUGUCAGUGUUUUAUAAUUAAAUCAACCAUGAUGACAAAUAAAUGAGAGAUAGAGAGCAAAUAGCAUUUAACCAACAUCCAGAGGCAUCUAUUAAAUAAAUAAAAAAAUCAAUCAAAACAAACAAAACUCCACAGAUAUUUCAGUAUCACAAAACACCCAUGAUUAAAUUACAGAAAAAAAUUACUAAAUAACAGGCACAUAAGUUUAACUUGGCCUCUAUUCCAUCCUGUGGGGAACUAAUUUUCCUUUUCCGGAAUUAAUGUCACUCAGACAUGCGUGCACUGGGAAGCCAAUAGCUGCAAACUACAUCAUUUUUAGCAAUAAAUUGUCAGUUUCAGUGAUGGUGUGUUCCAGUUUUUACAUUAUUUAAUAUCAGAACCCUUGAAGAAAAAGGUUUUGUUAUUACAAAUGCACUCUAGCUAAAUAUCGGUUUAUUUCACACUACAGGAUUCAUAAUUAUUUAUAAUGUUCAUUCAACACAUUCAAACACUGUGUAAAAAUACACUUUUACACUAAUGGGAUUGUAAUUAUCUUAAUAACCAACUUUCAUUACACAUGGUAGAGAAAAAAUUAAACAUGUUUUAUACACAAACACUGUAAAUCUAAAAUAUUGUGGGGAUUGAAAAUGCUGUUAAAUUGCAAAAGCAGUUUUCUAGUGACAAAGUAAAGCAAACCCCUAAGGAACGGUCCUCUUCCUCACAUGACGAAGAUGAAAUGUAUAAAACUUGUCUCUCCUUCUCAAAAUAUCCUUUAAUUGCUCUGCCAUCGGAGACUGCGGUAAGUAUUUAAUAAUCUUAAAAUAAUCCCGAUUUCAUGUUUUUAUAUUUCAACUUUCAGUAUUUUCCAGCUGUAUUCAUGCCAUGAACUGAUGAUAAUGAUUCCACUCUGAUGUAUUUUCUUUCUUUAACUAGACAAGCAACAAAGAAACUCAUGCUGUUUGUUUUGUGUUAUUCCAGAUCUAAUGCACCACAUUCAAAACAACAGCUGUGCAGAGUUGUUGACAUUAUGCAAAAUCUGACCGAAUUCCCAGACAAUGGCACAUCCAACAACAGCACAUCCAUCAUCCUAAAGGUGUGUGUGGUGAUCCCGCUGUUCUGUGUCUUUCUCUACUGCAUCCUGCUGAUGCUGCAUACAUUUGCCUCACACCGGCAAUUCUUCGACAGCUCACGCUACAUCCUGUUUGCUUACAUGCUGGUUAAUGACACACUGCAGCUACUCACUUCUGUGCUGCUCUUUCUAUUUGUCAUGGGCAAUGUGAAGUUUGCCAUCAUCUACUGUGCACCACUGCUCUUUGUCUCUGUUGCCACCUUUCAGAAUGGCCCAUUAAUCCUAGCUGCCAUGUCACUAGAGCGCUAUGUGGCGAUCUUCUACCCGCUGAGCCGACCCAUCUCCUGGAGGCCGGAAAGAAUCUGGGUGAUUGCGUUAAGCUUGUGGAUCAUCAGCUGUAUCCCUCCUACAGUGGAUUUCAUCCUGAUGCGCCCCAGUGUGGGCUGGGAUGUGUUUACCACCCCGCUGGCCUGCAAAACCACAGUUCUUAAUAGCUUGCCCAUCCAGACUCUCUUCAAAGUGGCCGUGAAUGCAAUUUUCUUUGCUGCAGUGGCCGCCAUCAUUUUUUUCACUUACAUUCGGAUCCUUCUGGAGACCCGAAAGAUGCGUCAGGACCGGGCCUCUGUAACCAAAGCCCUACACACCGUGGUGUUGCAUGGAUUCCAGCUGCUUCUGAGUAUGAUGGUCUUCACAUUCCCUAUUACUGAAAACUUGAUUGUGCUGAACGUCAGAUGGAUGCAGGAACAUAUUCAAUUUUUCAACUACUUCUGCUUUGUGUUGCUGCCACGCUUUCUCAGCCCACUCAUUUAUGGCCUCAGAGAUGAGAGCCUGAGAAUCUACAUGAAAAAAGCCAUGCCUUGCUGCAGGGCUCGCAUUGGGCCACAUAAAAUUUCCAAAUGAG